CAACAACGUUUUCUUCUUGUGCUUUCUUAUUCCUUCUUCAUAAUCUCAUUGACAUUUUACACUCUGUCAGCUUUUUCCUUCUUCUUGUUGUUAUUAUUCUUUUUAUUUUCUUCUUUCUUUUCUGUGUUCAUUCAUUGAACCUCUUUCAACAAUUCUUCUAUUCUUCGGAUAUCGCCUUUCUGAUGCUUACCCAUUUUAGUUUCCUCCGAAAAGUUUCGAACUUUUUAUAGUUGGGCUGGUUUUGUGCAACUCUUCGUACACCGAAUUCUUUGCUUAUUUGAGAAAACAGUGGACUUUUUUUUUUUCCUUUUCCUGAAGAGGGUUUUUACCCGUUUUGCUUGGGAGCUGAGAUUGAUUUGGGGUCACAUCCAUGUAUUUGUUCUUGGUUUUGCUUUGACGAGCAGGAAUCAAGCUUUUCGCUUUAUUAUUGAAUGUGUAGUAUGUGCCAUUAUUGUGGUGCUGGUUUGAUGGGAUCAAAUGUGGAUGAGAAGAAACAGGAUGAUGAGAGUAGUUUGAAGUUGAAUAGUAAAGUUCCCACAAAGCUAGAGCGCGAAAAUAUGAAAUUGAAUGGUACAAGUCCUUUUGCGACUCCACACAUUAGUCCAACUUCAUCCUUGUCAAGUGAUUUUUCUGUUGAUAUGAACUCAUUCGACAGGAUGAGUCGAAUGGGGAAUUGCAAAAAGGGAUGGAAAACAAUUCCCAAGAAAGCAGUAAUGACAAUGAGGACGCAUCCUCUGCUGAAGAGAUGGAAUAUUCUCUUCCUAAUGAUGAAGAUGAAGAUGAAGACGAGGAUAACUGGGGUGAUCCAGUUCCAAGGAUGAAGUAAGUGGAUGCAAUAGGUUCAAAGAGGAAAAACAGAGAGCAAUGGAAGAAGUAAUGAAUGGAAAAUUCAACGCACUUGUGGGCCAGCUUCUUAAAUCUGUUGGAGUUCCCUCUUCUGAUGAAGGAAACCAAGCAAGAAGCUAAUAAGAAGAAGAAGAAGAAGCAAGAAGCCAAGAAUGAGUGAAGAGGAACUAGGUACUUUCUCAAUGAUGGAUCCUUUGGAUAUGAUAGAUCCUUGGGAUAUGAUAGACUUGGAUGCGGAUAGAAGGAAUAUGGUAGAGCAGUGUGCCAUUGACGUGGGUGGCAAUCAACCACCUCAGCUACAGCCUCCGCCUCAGUCUCAGCCCCAGCCCAAGCCGCAGCCGGAUGUAGGGGAGAUUACAGUAGCUCAGUUUUUCAGUGACACGUGUGGUUAUCAACCACAUCAGUCUCACCCUCAGUUCGAUAUGGUUGUUGCUGAGUGUUUGCCAGAAGCUCAGCCUCAGCCUCAGCCUCAGCCUCAGCCUCAGCCUCAGCCUCAGCCUCAGCAGUUUCUCACUGACAUGUGUGGUUAUCAACCACCUUGGUCUCAGCCUCAGCCUCAGCCUCAGUCCCACCCUCAUCCUCAGCAGUUUCAGCAGUUUCUUGCUGACGUGUGUGGUUAUCAACGACCUGAGUCUCAGCUUCAGCUCCAACCUAUGCAACCUCAGGUCUGGACUUGGGAGGAGAACAAAGCCUUUGAGUCAGUUAUUGCCAAUUGUUUUCAGUAUGCUCAACACAACAUCGCUGCUCGUCUCCCUGGAAAGACCCCGGCGCAACUGCAAGAACGCUUCAAGAAGCUGAUGAAGGACAUCAAUGUCAUCCAUAACGGUUAUACUGCAAACACUCCUCUGAAUGCUGCUGCAUCUGAGAACAUGACUAUGACAAUGGCUGCUCCUGCCACCACAUUGGAACACAACCCUGUCUCCAUCCCCAUCAUCAAUGCAACAACAACAACCCCACCACCACCGCCUUAUAACACUGAUCAUCAUCAUCACGGGGCGGAGCUAGUCGCGGCCGCAGCACCAAUGGAGGCAGCAACAAGGGAACAAAACCAAUCUGUCAACACCAACAAUACAAAGAAAUAUUCUCGGUGGACUGAAGAUGAGCAUAGAUUAUUUGUUAGAGGAUAUCAAGCAGAAGGUACAAAUUGGUCAAGAAUUUCAAAAUAUUAUGUCAAAACAAAAACUUAUCAUCAAAUUACCAGUCAUGCUCAGAAAUAUUUUAUACAUAAAAAGGGAUUAGCUAGAGGAGAAAAGUUAAGAAAAAGCAUUUAUGAUGUAAUUUGAUCAUUGUAAGUCAUUUCUUUACUCUCAAUUA